AUGGCUCCCGCGCCCGCCACCAUUCCCGAGGAGACCGCCUCGGACGGCUCCACCAUCGCCCCGCUGUACACCGGCCAUGUCAACGACCCCGCCGAGCCCCCCACCCGCGUGCUGUCUGGUGCUAGCUCCCGGCCAGGCCUCAAGCGCUCCAUCACCACCGAGUCGCGCUUGAGCCGCAUCACCUCGGCCAUGCCCAACCCCGAGGCAGACCUUGCAAAGGGUGUCAACCUUCGUCGCCCGCCUGGUGCCGGUCCUCCAGGGGCUGGCGGUCCUCCCGGUGGUGGUGGUGGUGGUCCUCCCGGCCUCCGCAAGUUCUCCCAUGGAUUCUUCGACCCCGAGUUUGCCACGUUCCGUGGCAUUGCAAUCAAGAUCCUCGGUGCUGUCGUUGUCAUCACCACUCUGGUCAUGUGGGCCUGCGCUCCCUUCUACUGGGGUUCUCUCUGGAAGUCAAACCACUACAUUGACAAGCUUGCUGUGCGCGUGAUUGACCGCGACGGCGGUGCCAUCGGCGAGGCCGUCUCGGCCGGUCUGCUCAACAUGACCGGCUCCAAGACGCAGCUGCACUACUUCUGGACGUCGCCCACCGAGUUCCCCACCAUUACCGACAUUGAGAACGACAUCCUCGACGAGGGCGCCUGGGCUUCCAUUGUGAUCAACACGGGCGCCACCGCCGCCCUCGCCGCUGCGCGCGCGGCCGGCGACUCGACCUACCUCGGCACCACUGCCAUCUCGGUCAUCUAUACCCAGGCCCGCCAGGAGACUGCCGUCGGCAACUACCUUGUCCCCUACAUCACUGCCGCCCUCGCCCAAAUCACAGGGCAGCUCUCGGCCCAGAACGUCGCCCAGUUUAUCGCUGCCAACUCGGGCAAUGCCACCGCCUUGAACCUCGUCGCUCAGGCUCCCACGACACUGACCGCGCCCAUCUCAUACGCGUUUGAGAACAUCCGCCCCUUCAACCAGCCCGUCGCCACGGCCAUUACCCUCGUCGGUCUCAUUUACAUGCUCAUUUUCGCCUUCAUUACGUGUAUGGCCAACAAUGGUGUCCGCGAGAUCAUUGCCCCGUUCCUCACCACCCGCUCGUACCUCAUGUACCGUAUCCUCGCUCCCCUGAGCCUGUACGCGUGGCUGUCGCUCGUCUUUGCCAUGAUCAACCUGCCGUUCAAGGUCGACUUUGGCGCGCACUUUACGUACGCCGGCGGCUUCUUCCUGUGGUGGGUCAUUCUUUUCCUCGGCAUGGCCUCGGUCGGCCUCGCGUGCGAGUUUAUGAUCACCGUCCUCGGCCCCAAGUUUAUCGCCUUCUUCCUCAUCCCGCUCAUUAUCGCCAACGUGUCCGUCGUGUCGCUCCCGCACGAGCUCCAGCCAUGGAUCUACCGUUAUGGCGUGGCCAUGCCGUUCUACAACUGCUCCAAGGCGGUCCGCACCAUCAUCUUCAACACCAAGAACGAGAUUGGCCAGAACGUCGGCAUCCUCAUCGGCUGGGUCGUCCUCUCGAUCGUCACCACGACCGUCGCCACGUACCUGUACCGCUGCAAGGCCGUGCGCGAGCACAUGCGCGAGGUUGGCGAGCAGGAGCUGGACCGGAAGCUCCCGGACGGCCGCAUCGUCUAA